AUGGAAUGUAGAACAAUAUUUGAGGAAAGAAAUGAAAACAUUCACAAUGUUGUAUGGCUAUACCAACAUAUGGUCCACAUCGCAACUAUAAAUGAUAAAUAUGAAAUGCUAGUUCCAGACGCUAGUUUUGAUUCCACAAGCAAGUUGAAAAUAUACUUCAGAAAUGAUCCAAGAGAUACCUUCAGGUAUGAGUUGGUAUUCAAUAUUCUCACUAAUAUUUCGGACAUCAAAAAUACCACAUUCUCGAUUUACUACUUUGAUGACAUGGAUGAUAUGAUUCUGCUGUAUAUUAUUUGUAUGCAUUUAAACAGAUAUUACAAUCAAAAUUUGACACUUGAGCAUAUUGGCGAGCACUAUAUUUUGAAGAAUGGACAGGAAAUAGUUCUGCAAUCAUUUUUCUGA